CGACUACCUAGCAACAUAGAAAGUGAAACACACUAGCAACCUCAUAGCAACAAUGGCAUCCAAGAUACUUGCCCUCCUUGUGCUCCUUGCUCUUUCAGCAAGCGCGGCCACAGCGGUUCUUAUCCCACAGAGCUCACUAGCUACUACCGCUGCCACUAUUUCGCAGUACAUCCCACCAGUGACUGCCGUUGGAUUUGAACACCCAAUUGUGCAAUCCUACAUGCUACAGCAGGCGCUAGCAUCAAGCAUCAUACCAUCAGCCUUGUGGCAACAGCAAUCCUCAGCGUAUUUGACAAUACUGAGCAUCAUGGCACAGCAGCAACUGCAACAACUUUCGCCAGCACUCAAUCAACUAGCCAUGGCAAACCCUGCUGCCAACUUGCAACAACAGCAGCUUUCUCAAGCAAUCAACCAAGUGGCUGUAGCUAACACUGUUGCCUACUCGCAGCAACAGAUGUUUCCAUUCAACCAACUAGCUAUUGCAAACUCUGCCGCCAUCUUGCAGCAGCAGCUGCUAACAUUGAACCCUCUGGCUGCGGUAAAUCCCACUGCCUUCUUGCAACAACAACAACUGCUGCAAUUGAGCCAACUGGCUGCGACAAACCCUCAGGCAUACUUGCAGCAGCCCAUUGUUGGCAGUUCCAUAUUCUAGAUUACUUAUGAGUUGUACUUCAACAAUAAAGUUUACAUGCCGACGUAUGUAACUUUCCGGAAAUAAUAUAAGUAAUAACUGAGAUUAUCAUGUGAUAGA